UGGCGAACAUUUCGAUUUGUUGGCCUUCUGUUUAUUAUCUGUCUUGCAUAUAACUGUAUAAUGCAGUUUAGAUGGCCGAGGAACUUUUAGUUAACGAUGGCGUGCGAGCUGACUUCGCUUCCUGGAUUCGCAGUGAUUGGAUUCUUGGUACUGAUUCUACGAGAUUCUCUUCUUUUAUGAGAUUCCCUAUCGCAAUAUAUCAGGUUAUAUCAUGUUUAGACGUUCGUGUAUCUCGUUACCGUCAACUUGGUAAUGAGGAGGACUUGGGUGAGGAUGAAAACGAGUCCUCUUCUUACUUGUCCAAUACCAUGACCACUCGUAUGCUGCGUCUAGUGUUGAAUGACGGCCAGAGGGAGAUCAUUGCUUAUGAAUACGAGCCCAUUGCAUGUUUAGAUGUAUUUCAUGCUAAUUUGUUAACGGGUAAUCCAAUUCGAUGUUGUGGUAAGAUUGGUAUAUUCAACGACCCUGUGGAACGUCGUGGUGCUUUAUGGUUAACUCGUAGUAAUGUAAAGUUGAUAUUUGAGGGUUAUAAGUGCAAGAGUGGUAAAAACAUUCAACCUGAUGAUGACCCUAUUGAAGUUAGUUCCUUUGUCCAUGAACAUUUCAGUCCAAGUACUUUCCCUGCUUCUGACGCUGGGUAUAGCUCAGUUGCGCCUGUGUCCCAGGACUUCAGUGGCAAUAUACAAACCAGCAGCAUUGAUGAAAUAACUUUAUCGCAGAGCCUUGAUGACGUCAUUUCAGGGAUAUUACAGCCAAGUGACCACAGGAGCGACUGUGGUUCAGAUCGUGCCUUUACUGCUGCGGAUGACUAUUUCCCUAAGGGUUCUCCUAAUUUACAUUAUUCCUAUGAUGCCUUUUUACUUCGUUCGAGGUUGAAUGCGUCUGAAUCAUCGUAUGUUGAAUACUUUAGCAAUUUUUUGAGAUCCAAUGGUUUUUUCGAUUGCACAUCAAUUGUGCAACAACUCUCUCAGUUGAACAAAUUACCUGCUUUGGUGGAGCCAUCGCCUAAAUGGUUAGAAGACGAUUCUCACUUUGGUUUUCUUGAUUUUUCUAUACCUUUAGGUAUUUUGGAUAUGCAUUCUAGAUCAGAUGUCAUUGCUGAUGAGUUGCGCAAUGCUGGUUUUUCUGAUAGUUCUCGUGUAUGGCUGGUUAAUUUGAAUGAUUGUUGUUAUUGUUUUUAUUGUUUAGUUUCUUUGGAGACUUUAGACAUUGUACAAACGUCACUGCUUGAAACUUCUAGGGCUAUUAACUCUAAGGAGGGUUUCUUUGACGUUAAAUGUUUCGGUAAUGAUGGAGUAUAUCUUUAUUGGAUAUAUCGUUACCGUGUUAAAUUGGAUCCUGCAGAGUUUGCAAAGAAGGCUGCAUUGGUUGAUGCAGAAUACGCCAAGAUACAGGCAAUUCUUGACUUUUGAGUAAGCUUAAAACGAAGUAUCUAACACUCUUCCAUGUUCUGUCAUUUCUGUAUACUUAUAUA